AUGGGUUUAGCAGCUACAAGAACCAAGCAGCGGUUUGGUUUAGACCCGAGAAAUACUGCAUGGAGUAAUGAUACGUCGAGAUUCGGGCACCAAUUUCUAGAGAAAUUCGGAUGGAAACCCGGAAUGGGUCUUGGCCUGUCCCCCAUGAAUUCACAGACUUCACAUAUCAAAGUGUCGAUUAAAGACGACAACGUUGGGCUGGGUGCUAAAUUAAAACGUAAGGAGAAAAAAGACGAGUUUGAUAAUGGUGAAUGCGCUGGGCUUGAUGUCUUUCAAAGAAUUCUUGGUAGGUUGAACGGAAAGGAAAGCAAAAUAUCGGAGGAAUUGGACACGCAGAGGAAGCAAAAGAUUAUUGACGGAAAAUGGGGUAUCCAUUUUGUCAAGGGAGAAGUUUUGGCAAGCACGUGGGAUCCAAAAACUCACAAGCUAAGAAAUUACUCCAAUGCGAAGAAACGAGAGAGAGAGGGAGACGACAGCGGAGAUGAAGAUGACAACGAAAUAGAAGAUGAAGAAAGUGAUAAGAAGAAGCACAAGAAACAUAAAAAGCACAAGAAAGACAAGAAAAAAGACAAGAAAAACAAGAAAGACAAGAAGGAACACAAGAAGCACAAGAAGGAAGAGAAGAAGUUGAAAAAGGAAAAGAGGGCGAAAGAGACAAAAAGGACGUCGAAAUUGAAAUCUAGUGAAUCUGCAUCCAAUAUUCCCGAUGCGGUAAACACGAGAUUAUCGGUGCGCUCCAAAUGGAUCAAACAAAAGAGGGCUGCGUUGAUGGAUUCCAAGGCAUUGAAUGAGAUCUUCAUGAUAACAAACGACUAA